UUCGCGUGCAGCUGUUUACCCAACAUGGCUUCUCCUCUGCCCCUCAGACCCUUCAGCCCCUCUCUCCCCAGGCUCUCCGUGGUCCUCCUGCUGGCGCUUUGUGCCCCGGCUUGGUGCCGCUUUAAGGGCUUCGGGAGGCUCCAUGCUCUGGGGCAGCAGCAGCUCCGCGAGGCGCCGGAGGAGCUGUGGUUCCCCCAGAAACUGGACCACUUCAACGGAGCCGACGACCGGCUGUGGAAACAGAGGUACUUCGUAAAUGAAGCCUUCUACAGGCUCGGUGGUCCGGUGUUCCUCAUGAUUGGCGGGGAGGGUCCGGCCAACCCAGCAUGGAUGCAGCAGGGCGCCUGGCUCACCUACGCCCAGAAGCUGGGAGCCCUCUGCCUCAUGCUGGAGCACCGCUUCUACGGGAAGAGUCACCCGACUGCCGAUCUGAGCACCGACAGCCUGCGCUUCCUCAGCAGCCGUCAGGCGCUGGCCGACCUGGCGCACUUCCGCACGGUGAUGGCCGAGUCCCGGGGCUUGACCAACAGGAAGUGGGUGGCGUUCGGAGGCUCGUACCCGGGUUCGCUCGCCGCCUGGUUCAGGCUGAAGUACCCUCACCUGGUCCACGCCUCCGUGGCCACCAGCGCACCCAUUCACGCUACCGUCAACUUCCCAGAGUAUCUGGAGGUGGUGAGGCGCUCGCUGGCCUCGGAGAACACAGAGUGCCCCACGUUGGUGAAGGAAGCUUCAGACGCUGUGGCCAAGAAGCUGCAAGACCCCAAAACCUACGACAACAUCACCAAAGACUUCAAUUUAUGUUCCAAACUCCAGGUCCAGACUGAGAUGGACUCUGCCUACUUCCUGGAAACUCUGGCUGGGAACUUCAUGGACGUGGUCCAGUACAAUGAAGACAACCGGGAGUUUGAGGGUGUAGUUGGCACCAACAUCACGAUCAAGGUCCUGUGUGGUGUGAUGGGCGACCGCUCGCUGGGAGAUCCGUACGCCCGGUACGCUGCCGUGGCCCGCCUCAUGAUGGACACUUUCUCCAUGAAAUGCUUGGACGCAAGCUUCAGCAACUACGUCAGAGACAUGACUAACACGUCCUGGGACGGGACGGCUGCAGGUGGAGGAAGGCAGUGGAUUUACCAGACCUGCUCGGAAUUUGGAUUCUACCAGAGCACCGAUUCCCCCAACCAGCCUUUCACUGGCUUUCCUCUCCAGUAUCAAGUGAAACAGUGCGCCAGCUUCUACAACAUCAGCGCCGAGCAGGUGGCCGAGGCCGUCGCCCAGACCAACGAGUACUACGGCAGCUACGACAUCCGCUCCAGCAGAAUCGUCUUCCCCAACGGCUCCAUCGACCCGUGGCAUGCCCUGGGGAUCACCCAGGACAUCAGCCCCGACCUGCCUGCUGUUUUCAUCAAAGGAACGGCUCACUGUGCCAACAUGUACCCAGCCCGGAGCGAGGAUCUCCCACAGCUGUCUCUGGCCCGGGACCACGUCUUCGUCCUGCUGCAGCAGUGGCUGAAGCAGUAGCCCCCAACUAAAUAACACAAUCAGGCAUUCCUUCUUUUAUGACUCCAAAGACUUCAGUUGUAGAUGGAAGCACAGACUUUAACAAUAAAAUCAAUUCAACUAAAAAUGAGUUUAGACUGACAGCCAUGAUCGGGCUGAUAAGUCAACGUCUUGCACUAGCAACAUAAGGUACAAAGUUGCGUUUGUUUGAAUGGAAGAGAUUUGAAGCUAAUUAAUAAAGAUGGACUAUUUUUCA